UAUCCCGUCUCGGCAUCCACUCUCCAGCCGGCCGCCCGCCGCCUCCUCCGCGCCGUCCAGCCUCGCCCGCGCCGCCACCAUGAGCCAGGCCUACUCGUCCAGCCAGCGCACGUCCUCCUACAGCCGCACCUUCGGCGGGGCCUCGGGCUUCCGCCUCGGCUCCCCGCUGAGCUCGCCCGUGUUCCCGCGCGCGGGCUUCGGCUCCAAGGGCUCCUCGAGCUCGGUGACGUCCCGCGUGUACCAGGUGUCGCGCACGUCGGGCGGGGCCGGGGGCCUGGGGGCGCUGCGGACCAGCCGGCUGGGGGUGGGCCGCGCGCCCUCCUCCUAUGGCGCGGGCGAGCUGCUGGACUUCUCGCUGGCCGACGCCGUGAACCAGGAGUUCCUGACCACGCGCACCAACGAGAAGGUGGAGCUACAGGAGCUCAACGAUCGCUUCGCCAACUACAUCGAGAAGGUGCGCUUCUUGGAGCAGCAGAACGCCGCGCUCGCCGCCGAGGUCAACCGGCUCAAGGGCCGCGAGCCGACGCGGGUGGCCGAGAUCUACGAGGAGGAGCUGCGCGAGCUGCGGCGCCAGGUGGAGGUGCUCACCAACCAGCGCGCCCGCGUCGAGGUCGAGCGCGACAACCUGCUGGACGACCUGCAGCGGCUCAAGGCCAAGCUGCAAGAGGAGAUCCAGCUGAAGGAAGAAGCAGAGAACAAUCUGGCUGCCUUCCGAGCGGAUGUGGAUGCAGCCACCCUAGCUAGAAUUGACCUGGAGCGCAGGAUCGAAUCUCUCAACGAGGAAAUCGCGUUCCUUAAGAAAGUGCACGAAGAGGAGAUCCGAGAGCUACAGGCCCAACUUCAGGAACAGCAGGUCCAGGUGGAGAUGGACAUGUCCAAGCCAGACCUCACUGCCGCCCUGAGGGACAUCCGGGCUCAGUACGAGACCAUCGCGGCUAAGAACAUCUCGGAAGCCGAGGAGUGGUACAAGUCGAAGGUGUCCGACCUGACCCAGGCAGCCAACAAGAACAACGAUGCGCUGCGCCAGGCCAAGCAGGAGAUGAUGGAGUACCGACACCAGAUCCAGUCCUACACCUGUGAGAUCGACGCCCUCAAGGGCACUAACGAUUCCCUGAUGAGGCAGAUGCGGGAGCUGGAGGACCGCUUUGCUAGUGAGGCCAGCGGCUACCAGGACAACAUUGCACGCCUGGAGGAGGAGAUCCGACACCUCAAGGAUGAGAUGGCCCGCCACCUGCGCGAGUACCAGGACCUGCUCAAUGUCAAGAUGGCCCUGGACGUGGAGAUUGCCACCUACCGGAAGCUGCUGGAGGGCGAGGAGAGCCGGAUCAACCUCCCGAUCCAGACCUUCUCUGCCCUCAACUUCCGAGAAACAAGCCCUGAGCAGAGGGGUUCCGAGGUCCAUACCAAGAAGACAGUGAUGAUCAAGACCAUCGAGACCCGGGAUGGAGAGGUCGUCAGUGAGGCCACACAGCAGCAGCACGAGGUGCUUUAAAGCCAGAGACCCCUCUGCCACCAGAGACCGUCCUCGCCCCUGUCCUCACUGCCUCCUGAACCAGCCUCCUUUCAUCCCAGGGCACCGCACCCAGCCACAGUGUCCCCUCACAGCCUCUGACCCCUGCUCACCGACCCCCCCGCCGUGGUCCCCAAAGGGGACAUGGCCCGUCCCUGCCCGGGCACAGGCAGCCCCCAGCCGUGUGAGUCCUGAAUGUUGGAAAUGAGCAAGCUGGCUCGGCCACCCUCAGGGUGUGCUGGGCAGGGCUGGGAUGAAGCCAGCGCAGAGCAGUGACCCGCCCCUCCCAGCUCCGUGACCUCGGGCUCUAGCCUCUGGCUUUGGAGAGAGCCCCAGAGCAGGGUGUUGGGACCCAGCAGGGUCACGAUUGAGCCCCAUGGACCUCCCUACGCCCUACUCCCCAGCCAGGGUCAGAGAGAGAACGGGCAGCCUCCUCAGCAAGCGGGCAGGGAACUGGGGGACUAGCCCCCUGGGAAGACUGAGGGGCUUGAAACUGACACCAUGGUCCCUUACCUUCGCAGGGUGGGCUUAGAAAGCAGGGGCUGCAAGAGGGAACCCCCGAAGGUGCCAGAUGUGGGAGCAGGAGAUUCAGAAGGAGAGAGAGUGGGCGAGAUGCUGGAGAGGAGAGAGGCAGAGAGCGGUCUCAGGCAGGUGGGAGGGGUGCCCACCUCCCCGUGCCUGCCCCUCCCCCACUGCAGGGGCUCUGGACAGAAAUAAUAAAGAGAGAAGCA